CAGACACAAUUGAUUGCAUCCUUCUGUGUUCCCACGAGGACCCACCAUGCCAGCUGCCACACCCUUCUCUCUCAACUCAGCUAGCAGCUACUGAGUGCUACUACUAUUCCUAGCUACCUUUUUCUUCUUCUUCUUCUUCUUCUUCUUCAGAAUUCCAUUGACAGUGGCAGAAGAAGAAGCAGAAGAAGAACCAAAGCAAUGCCCGAUCAAUAUCAUAAUCCACCUUCUACCAGCUCCGCCACAAUGAACGACCAACUCUCCAACACCACCUCCAUCUUCGGCCUCCGCUUAUGGGUUGUCCUCGGCGUCUGUGUCGGCGCCGCCAUCGUCCUCAUCCUCUUCCUCAUCUCCAUCUGGCUCGCCUUCAAACGCUCCAAGUCAAAACACUCCAUCCCCGACGUCUCCAAGGAGAUCCAAGAAAUCAGAAUCGACAACAGCACCACCACAACCCACCACCACCAACCCGACCCUACACCAGAACCCGACCCGGUUCCGUCGAACGAGCUUGAAGAAGACAACCUCCUCGGCGGGUACAGCAGAAUUCAGUUUGAAAUUGGGAAGAACCAUCGAAUUUCGUACCCUGAACGCGCCUGCGCUGUCAGGUCCUCUAACUCCCGGGAACACAGUGGGGAAGCUCGGCCAGUUGAUCAAGUCCCCACCGUGAUUCCUCAAGUUUCUCACCUGGGUUGGGGCCACUGGUACACUCUCAGGGAGCUUGAGGAUGCUACCAAUGGGUUUGCCCCUGAUAAGGUUAUUGGUGAAGGUGGCUAUGGAAUUGUUUAUCAUGGUAUCUUGGAGGACAACACUAAUAUUGCAAUUAAGAAUUUGCUCAAUAACAGGGGACAAGCUGAGAGAGAAUUUAAGGUUGAAGUGGAAGCUAUAGGACGAGUUCGCCACAAGAAUUUGGUGAGGUUGCUUGGUUAUUGUGCUGAAGGAGCUCACAGAAUGCUUGUGUAUGAGUAUGUUGACAAUGGUAACUUGGAACAAUGGAUUCAUGGGGAUGUUGGGCCUUGUAGUCCUCUAACUUGGGAUAUUCGAAUGAACAUUAUUCUGGGAACGGCUAAAGGGUUAACUUAUCUUCAUGAGGGGCUAGAACCAAAAGUUGUUCACCGCGAUAUUAAAUCAAGCAACAUUUUGCUUAGUAAGCAGUGGCAUUCAAAGGUGUCAGAUUUUGGCCUUGCCAAACUCCUUGGCCCUGAGAGCAGUUAUAUCACAACCCGAGUCAUGGGAACAUUUGGUUAUGUAGCUCCUGAAUAUGCUAGUACUGGUAUGUUAAAUGAACGGAGUGAUGUGUAUAGUUUUGGAAUUCUUAUUAUGGAAGUAAUUACAGGCAGGAAUCCAGUUGAUUAUAGUCGGCCUCCAGAUGAGGUUAAUUUAGUUGACUGGCUCAAGAAGAUGGUCAGCAACAGAAAUCCAGAGGGAGUGUUGGAUCCCAAGCUCCCUGAGAAACCAACUUCGAGGGCACUAAAGCGAGCCCUUCUUGUGGCCUUACGCUGCACGGACCCUAAUGCACAAAAGCGGCCUAAAAUGGGGCAUGUUAUACACAUGCUUGAAGCUGAAGAUUCCCCUUACAAAGAGGAUCGCAGGGCUAGAAGGGAUACAGUACAAUCACCUAACAUUAGAGUGGAGGAUGGACUGAAAGGGGAGGUGACUGUAUCAGUUGAUGAUGAUAAAUGUGAAAAUGGGAUGUCCCCCAAUGAGACAAGAUUAAGCCAUCAAAUAGAAAAGCAAUAAAUUUGCAUAGCUGUCUCUUUAAUGACAACAAAUCUGGUGGUACCACAACCUGUCAUUGCAAAAGGUAUUACAAUUUGCAUCCAUCAAGCCUAAACAUAUUUUGCUCCAUAGAUUGUUGGUGCCUUCUAUACUUCAGCUUAUACUCAAAUAGCCCCGCAAAGAGACUUUUCUGCUUUCUGAGUCUCAUGCCUUUUUUGUAAGGAGUGAUUGUAGCUAAAGGUUGGUUAUGUAAAUGUUAGCCAUAUUGUUCCAUUUAUCCAAUAAAAAUAUAUAUCAUGUUUUGAUCUC